GAUGAGUUAGGCUAGCAGUCCAAAUAAUAAACUCAUCAAUACAUUAUUAUUGAAAUCCAAAAGUCCUUCCUAAUACACAAUUCAAAGUCCUGCUGUGUCUCCAACUUAAGUGAGUUUGCCCAAAGCCCUCUAUCCACACAAAAACUCUUCAAUAGAUCUAACGAAAUUGGCUACAUUAAUGAAACAAUAGAAAGUGAAAUAAUCAUCUUCAGAAGGAUCAAAAGACUCAAUGACUCAACUUAUAGCUAAAGCUCGUGCAAUUGCAAUGUCAGCUAAAACUCCAUCAGGACCUAUUCAUAUUAGAAAUGACUCUGCAUAAGUACGUAAGGUGAACAAGGAAGCAGAAGUUGUAAGUCCUAAAGCAACUGAUAUGAAAUUAAUUAAUAAGGCAGCUUUCACUUUUGAAUUUGUAAUUGGUAUAGGAGGAUUUGGUAAAGUGUGGAAGGUAAAAAGAACAGGACAAUAAUUUGCAAUGAAAGAGAUGUCCAAAGCACUUGUUAUCACUAAGAAAAGUGUAAAUUCUGUUAUGAAUGAGAGAAUGCUUCUUAGUUAACUUAAACAUACAUUCCUCAUUAAUAUGUAUUACGCCUUCUAAGAUCGUGAAAACCUAUAUCUAGUCAUGGAUUAUAUGUGUGGUGGUGAUUUACGGUUUCAUAUAGGCAGAAUGCGACGUUUCAAUGAAGAAUAAACUAGUAAAUAUUAUAUAACAUUUCAGAGUUCUUUGUAGCAUCUAUAUUCAUUGGUCUCGAGUAUUUACAUACAAAUAAUAUUAUUCAUCGAGACAUUAAACCAGAAAACUUAGUCCUCGAUGAAAAAGGAUUUGUUCAUAUCACGGAUUUAGGUAUUGCUCGUGUCAUGAAAUAAGAAAAUUCAAGUGACACUUCUGGAACUCCUGGAUAUAUGGGUAUUAUAUUUAUUAUAUAAAUCAAUUAUAAGCACCUGAAGUCAUGUGUCGACAAAAUCAUACAUUUGCUGUCGACUAUUAUGCACUUGGAGUCAUUGCCUAUGAGUUUAUGUUAGGAAGAGUAAAUCAUAAUAUAUCCAAUAUCUUAGCGUCCUUAUGUUGGUAGGUCUCGUCAAGAGAUCCGUGAUUAAAUUCUUGCUCGACAAGUUUAAAUCAAGGCUAGUGAAGUACCUCAGAACUGGAGUGUGGAAGCAGUUGACUUUGUUAAUCGACUACUUCAACGUAAACCAGCCAGUCGUCUCGGUUUCAAUGGUGGCCACGAGAUCAAAUUACAUGCGUGGUUCAAAAGCUUUCCAUGGUCAAAGCUCUAAAAUAGGGAAUUGAAGGCUCCCUUUAUUCCUAAUCCAAGUGAUGACAAUUUUGAUUAAAGACAAAUUGUUAUUGAAGAUGAGGAAAAUGCUGAUCUCAUUGCUCAAAACAUUUAAUUGUUAAGAGAUCCAAAUGCUCAAUAAUAGUUUGCUGGCUAUGAGUAUCAAUCAAACAAUGAGAAGAUCUUUGUCUUUGAUUAAACAAAAUAAUCAUGAA